AUGUUUCAAGACAAUCAAACUGAGAGUCUCUGCCGCACCUACUCCAAUGGAAAGACGAUUUGGAGCUUGGAUCGGUGGCUCGAUUUUGGGGUCCUUGGUAAUGGUUCCUUCCAACAAAUGUGGAUUGCCAAAUCAGAAUAUGAUGAAACUGGCCGAACCAUUGUUGAAAAUCGUUGUCCUUGA